CACUAUGGAGUAGACAAAGGGGAAAGUGAAGUCCGUUUCCCCGUCUGCAUGUGUUUCCCUCUACCUGAACCUAACUACCCCGCUCCUAACCAGUCGUGUGCUGUGAUGGUUCUUUACCCUAGCCACUUAACUCUGCCUAUCACAAGUGUACAAGCAUGUUUGCGUCACGUUGCCAUGGUUGCAGCGCUGUGUAGAGUACAAACAGGAAUAUGGAUAAUCAGAUCUUCAUGAAGCAGACUCUCCACCUACAGCAUGGACAUGGAUAAAGGACUCAGACAUGGAAAGAUGAGUCCAGUGUUGAAGACUAAGCAAAAGAGGCAUCCUUCUCCGAGACAAGCUGUUCUGGCCAACCAGUGGGAGUCUGUGGAGUCCGACACAGAGAGCUUGGCCCAAGAGAGAGCCUACCAACAGCAGCUUAUUGGCCAGCAUAUUGGCCAGCAUCAAGACAAAUAUAUACUGCUUCAGAAGAAGUCAGAGAAUACUGACAGUUUACAGCAGGGGGAAGAAGAGAGUGAAGAUGCAAAUGAUGAUCAAACUGAAGAUCUUCAACUUUAUGAUAGCUUAGAAGUAGCAUCAAACACCCACACCAACAGGAACUUAAAGACUGAAUAUUUGGAUACACAAAUAGACGAAAGAGGAGGAAGCCAGCUGCUCUCUGAUGAUGACUAUUCUGACCUGCGCUAUGACCCCAACUGGAGGACCAACCUGAAGGGAAAUGGCUGUUUCGACGACAGUCCACAGAUUUCUGUUGAAGAAUAUUGCCAAGGAUACAAACACAUCAUCGACACAAGUCCAGCUAUUAUGGUGACUCCUCAUAUUGAUGGCAGUGAGUCUGACCAGCCAUAUCGUCUACACCCACAAGAUGGUCAGACUAGUUCAGUAACGUCUACCCACUGUCACAACCAUGCUUUACAGUGUGGAUCACCAGAAGGUGACCUUUCAAGGUCAUCCAAGAUUUCCACUAAAAAUGAAAGUGACAACAAUUUACAAAGAGGAUCCAGACAGAAGCAUGAGCAAAGCUGUGUCAGUGCUGGUGAAAAUAUUAGCAGGUCUUCUGAGCCGACAGAGGAAAUAAAUACUACAGAAUUUGACAUCUACCAGCAAGAACAGAGAUGCACACAAGGAGGAUCCAUCCAGAAAAUGAGCACAUCCACACUGAUGAAUCCUAAGGUUUUAUGGAAUAAAAAGCUAGAAAGGGUGAUGGAGGACAUAGUGGAACGCAACAAAAUGACUCUGGGGUGCAACACAUCCAAAUGUGGCUCCUAUGUGAGGGCACACGCACUUAAACAGGAGAUGCCUCAUAAUGCAAAUAAGGUACAUGAAACUCUUAAGGAGAUAGUCAGCACUGAAAAUAAAGAGGACAGCUCAGACCCUGAGCUGAGGUGGCUCCAGAGGGCACAACAGUUGCAAGUCACCCAGAUCAAAAAGGGGAAGAAAGCCCAGCAGAAAGAAUACCCCAACCCCUUUCAACAGCAGCAGCCCCCUGCCCUGAUGGUCAAUGCUGAGCGGGGAGACUGUUUGAGCUCCCCAUUAGCAAGACAAGCUGCCAUAACUCAGCCAAAACCUCAGAAGAUGACUUCAUCACAGCCUUUGCCCCCGACCAUCCAGCUCAAUAUCAGCCUCAACACUCCAUCCCAUCUUCUUUCAUUACUCCAGCAGAAGGGCCAGGAUGCCAUCAUCAACAUAGUAUCUCCUCAUGGUCAUCCUCAUUGGAGCCCUGCAUAUGAGGUUCAACUUGCAUCGUCCCCAGGGUAUCAACAAACAAAUCCAGGAAAGUUCUCCCAUGUGUCCCAGGAAAGGCUAAAUACACAACUUCACCAGCAACACCUGGAGAGUUGGCCUGAACAAUGGCAAAGAACAACUGCAUUAAAGUGGCCAUUAUCGUGUGAAGGAGAAGACCAGACAUGGAGUUCAGACGAGGUUUACACCAAGUGUUUUCCACAAAACCUCACCAGGACGCCCACUACUGCUUCGUCACAGAGCCUCGGCUCGUACACAGUUCUUCCACCUAUAGGAAAGCCACUGACAGAAAAAGAGCCUAAGCUGAGCCCCGGGCACAGUGUAAACGCAACCCACCACAUCCAUAGAAGCAACUCUGAUAGCUAUGUGGUUCAGAUGGAGAAAAAGAAGCAGCUGAGAGUUACUUACAAGGCAUACAAGCAGCUGAAGACAGAUGUAAAUCAGAAAGGUCCGCAUCUUGACUAUACAGCCAUUGAAAAGACAAAAAUCAAACAACAGAAGCUGUAUUCAAAUGUGAUCCGUGAACAGAACAAAAAGAUAAGUAGGAUUCCCUUUCUACCAGCCAAGGACCCGGAAGGGAGUGACAAGAAAGUUCCCAGGAUGAAGGCCUUGGAAUAUGCCAAGACCAUAGCCAAACCACCUGUACAGUCUCAACCAAAACAGAGAGAGAAAAACCAGCCUGAAGGCUUGACUGAGCUCAGUCCUUACCUGCAGGGCUUGGAUGUGUCCCAGCUGACCACGCUGGGGCUCCUUAGAAAACGGCAUGAAGAAGAAAAGCAGGCUGUGGCACUCUUCAGAAAAAUACAUGCAGUCUGAAGCAAGGUGAAGGCAGUUCACGUUAAAAGUUGAUGAAACCCUCAAAGAUAUUUGUACUCCAAGAUGUAGGACAACAUGCUGCUUCUUAAGAUUUGCCUCACAUCAACAAAUCAUUACAAAACAGCUACAAUUCGUCAGAUAAAGAUCAUCUCUCUCUCUUUUAACAUUGUGUGGUACUAGGUCAGAUCUUACAAGACAUUCCCUGGACUGCCUUCUUGCAUACAUGGAGGGUCGUGUUCUCUCAGCAUGAACAGACAUAAGACUUUGAACAUUUCUGGUAAUGACAGAAGGUGAAAAGGACUCACCUUGAUCGUGGUCUCAUCUGAUUAAGGUGACAAUGUAAUUCCCAUUGUUUAUCUAAAUUUCUGGCUUUCUGGCAUGAAUUGCACCAAUAACUGUUUGUUUUUAUAAUUGAUACCAAAGAAAUGUCAUUAGUAGGUUUGGAAUGAUCGUUUUAAAGCUUUAGGUGGAUGUGGGAUUUGUGAACCACAAAAUCCAGAUUUUGGUCAAAGGCAAAACUGAAUGAACCUGCCAUCAAGACACAUUAGAAAAAGUGAGAUUAAUCACAGAGAUCCUAACUUUUCAAGUGUUGUGUCUUGUUUAAUUACAUUUUCUCGUUCACUGUGAUGCCAGUCUGGAUGAGAACUAUUGUGCUUAAAAGGGAGCAUAUUAUAACAUUAUCUUCUCUAUAUGCAAACAUUUCCUGUACCAAAACAAUGUUGAAACAUAUGAACCACAACUAACAAGUAGCCACAGUUAGUGCAGUGUUUGUGAAAAUAUGUUUUAAGACACUCAUAAUGUUUUCUUAAGUGACCCUUAUCUAUGUGACACCUAGGAAAAAUAUGGCAGAAGAAGCUUUGAAGUGUGGGGUUGAUGCUGUUGCCAUGCCUUGUCUGUUAGAUCAAACUUGUAAAGAUUUUGUGUGCAGUGUAGGUUUGGUACAUUUAACUGACUGUAGUUGUUACAUUUAUACACAAUAUUAUUGUGUAUUUGAUAUGAUAAAACAUAACUGUAUAUAGAGGUAUGUACCUGCUCAGUAGACAGAUAUUACUGUAGACAGCAUCUUAGACUUUGUAACAUUGACAAAAUUCCUAUUUUAGUAUUUUUUCCACAUUACAUUAAUUACAUUACUGUAAUGCCUAGAAUAAUCGGAAUACUCUAUACUGGUCAGAUUUUUUUCUGUCAUUGGUUCUAGCCUUAAGUCUUGCAGUAACUCCUCUCCAACACAAAACACUCUCAAGCAGCUCAUUUUACUAAUUGAACCCUCAGAUCAUUAUCAAAGCACUAUUUACCUCUGUGCAAUAUUUUAAUUAGAUUAUAGUCUCUAUUUAACCCAUCAUGGACUCUUUGAAGCUCUGUGUUUUUAGUGUUAAGUCCUCAGAUGCACGGUUGGAAACAAAUGACGAAGCCCUUUUUAAUUUAAUGAGAAACGCUGCCUAUCCAGGCUGAGUCUCUUUGCAUCUUUUUUUCUGGUCCCACCUACUCAUUUUUUGCCAUUGAAAUCCAGUUAAUUGAAGGAGUCUUUCACUGCUAUACAUGAAGGGGGCCAAAUUAGCAUCCCUUUCUGCCCAUUGGGAAGCUAAGGCAGACAUGGAUGCUUUGAUGUGAGAAGUGCGCUUUCAGUAGGCGGCAGGCUUCCUGAAAAUGAGCUGAUGGCCCUGCUAUUAGGCCCAAAUGCAGAUGCGUCCAUGUGUUGCAAAACGCUUAAUCUUUUAAUUGAUCACCUUCUGCAUGGCCUAUUCUCUGCAGUUUUUUUCCUGCUGCCUGUUAAUCAGAAUCACAUUUUGAAGAUGACAUGAAUUGCUUUUCAAAAAGCAGGAAAGGAUAGCAAAUCCAAUAUGAAGGACAAGAGAGGAUUGAAUGUUAUUGUGUAAAUGUCCAGUAAGAGAUGCACCUUGUGGGAAAACAAUUUAAUAUAAAGCUGUAAGAUUCUUAAAUUGUGUGUGUUUGUGUGUGUGUGACUGUCACAAUGUUGGAUGAUAAAUAUUUACUGUGUUUUGUGGUAGUUGAUGUCGAUGGACAUCUGUUGAUCAAGAUUAUUUAAAGAUUAUUUAAAUGAGACAUCCUGCAGCAUAGGAUAGUGGCAAAUUACUUUAUCCAUGAAUUCAUGAAUUACACAGAAACAGCACAAAAUUAUUUUGCUGUUGUUUUUUUUUCACAUCCACCAAGUAUGACACAAUGAAUACUGCACUGCUGCUCCAAAUGACGAACUCCAUAAAUUACAUAGCACAACAAGUCCUUAAAGAAAUAUGGGCUGCAUUCAUUAGAUUGCUCACAACAGAAUAACAAAAUCUGCUAGAAAUGAUGUUGAAUCUGUUUUGUCGGAUUGAUUGGAUUUUUUUAUUUUGUUCCUUUGCUCAGAAAGUUGUCUCUUAACAGUAGCUAAAUUGUGUUAUAAAUAUGUGCUCAUUCCUGUAAAAUUAAAUAUUGUUGAUUAAAAAAACACAGCCCAAUAUUUCCUUGGCCAUAUUCUGUACUGAACAGAGUGGAUAUAAAAAGAUUCAAAUACUUGA